UAGUAUUUCUAAGGAGUGCGCUUUGUUUGUUCGAAAUUCGGAAAGCACGAAUUCGGAUGUGCUUAAUAAUCCGUUAUGUCUGAAGCGGACGGUGCAAAGGUGGAGCUAUCUGUAAGAGGUGUGUUGUAGCUAAGCUACGCAUCCCCUGUUAGUUAAGAAGCCAGUGCAUUGAAGCGGAAAGAUAUGGCGGAUCGGUAUCGCGGAACGCGGAUUUUAGAGUAGAGUCACCGUUAGCUCGUGGGUCUCCACAUGCAGCAACCUCCACGUGGUGAGACCUGGGUCGUUAAUACUUGCGAAGUCUAAUUGUAAAUCUUAUAACGCAAGUAUUAUCGAGCGAAUGGCUGCAUACUGUAUUACUUUUCCAAUAUUUUUUCAAUCUAACUCCAACUAAACAAUAACAUAUCUGCAUUUUAUAUUGCUAAUAAUACUUCAAUAAAUAAAUAAAAAAAUAUAGCAGAAUUAUAAAAUAAUUUCUUUGAGAAACGAAAAGAAAAUUUUUCUAUUAUACUUUUAUAUCUGCUGUCAUUUCUAUUUAUUCUCAUUUUCACGAUUUCGGUAUUCUGGUUUUGCUCGGAUGAAGCUAUCUUUCUCUCUCUCCUCUCUCUCUCUCUCUUUCUCUCUUUUUUUCUCUCUCGCUCUCUCUCUCUCUCUCUCUCUCUCUCCUCCCCUUUCCAAUCUUUACAAAUCCGAAAGGUGAAUAUGAGUUACAUAAUUGUAAAUGUUGAAGUAAUUCACUAGACCGGAAGACUAACACAAUUUGGAUACGAUCAGUGGCUUUCUAGCAAAUAAAUUAGUAUAAAUGCAUCGUGCAAGCAUACUAUACAAUUAUCUCCAAUGCCAUUAUAUAUCCCAUAUUCUUGAAGAGUCUCGUUCACACUGAAACAUCGAAUUGAGAAUAUGAGUGAAUGAGGAUAUCUUAAAAUCGGUGAAAAUAAGUGUAUCAUUGUCAAAAAAAAAAAAGAUAAUAAGGUUAUAAAAAUUUCAGUGAAAAAUGUUUGAAGUAUUGGUGUUCACGAAAUUAUUUUAUCAUAGAUUACCUAUGCAAUUUUACAUUUUAUUUAAUUUACGUUAUCAACAAUGACAAAUCUUAUCGAUUAAUGUAAUUGCAAUUACAACGAAAAUUCAUUUAUGUCUGAUUAAUCUCGAAAAAAAGUAAUUUAAAAAUGGCCGAUGUGCGCAUGCGCGAUUAUAGAGUUAAAGGCAGGAAUAAUUCUUGAAGGAUUGUUUGGCGAUUAGGAUCAGUUGAUAUAUUUUGUAUUUCUACGAAGAAUUUGUAAUUGUAUAUAAUAAUGAUUUACUAUUAUGACAGUGUGGAAUUGUGUAAUUAAAAAUGAGAUUAUUUUACUUCAGAAAGGCAUGCUAUUUUUAUUAAUUAAUUGAUUAAAUAAAUAUAGAAUGAAAGUGAAAAAAAAAGUUAUAUAUGUUCAUAUUAUUAUAAACUUUAAUUGAUGAUUUUUCGCAAAAUUAUGUCAUCCCUUGCGUUGAAUAAACUUAAAAAGAGGACAGUAUCAGAUGUGAUUAAAAAGCCUAAAAGAAAAGUUGAUAGAUUCGAUGGACUUACUGUGGAAGAAGUUCAAAAGUAUACUCUACCUGAUUAUCUCAAGGAAAAUCUUGAUAUGGUCUUUAUCGGUAUAAAUCCAAGUUUGAUGGCAGCCCAUCGUGGCAAAUAUUAUGCAGGUCCUGGUAAUCAUUUUUACAAGCUUUUAUAUGGAUCAGCCUUAAUUCCAAAAUGUAUCAGUUUUGAGGAAGAUCACAAGUUAUUACAAUAUGGAAUUGGAUUAACAAAUAUAGUCACAAGACCUACUAGAUCUUCUGCGGAUCUAAAACGAACAGAAAUCAAAGAAGGCGCUAAGAUUGUUGAAGAAAAAUUGAGGCUAUUUAAACCAAAGAUUGCUAUUUUUAAUGGAAAGUGUAUUUAUGAAGUAUAUUCUAAUAAAAAUAGUAAAUCACCAUUUCAUUUUGGAUUGCAAUCAGAACUCAUAGGAGAUACUGCUGUUUGGGUUGUACCUUCUAGCAGUGCUCGUUGUGCUAAUUUUCCUCGAAUGAUAGACAAAUUACAUUUUUAUUCUGCAUUAAAGAAAUAUUUGAAAUUUUUAAAGGGUGAAAUCAAAGAGAUUGAUAUAAGUGAAUUUUUCUUUGAAAGAAAAUGCAAACAAUUUAUACCAAGUACCUCUAAAAUGUGGAGACGUAAAAAUAUAUCAGCUUUCUUGCAUGGUGGUAGAAUAGCCAAUAAAAAUACUAUUUAUUUGGAUAAUUCAGAUGAAAAUAUAGCAAUUGCCUGCAGCACGGAAUUUAUUGUUAAAGAAUUAGAGCAGAAGAAAUAUAAUGAUGACAAAAAUGAAGAGGAAGAGCAAUUGAAAAUACAUGACUGCCCUUUGAGAGAAAAUUUCAAAUCAACAAUUAAUGAAACAUUUGAUGAAAGUGUUGAAGACAGAUUACAGAAGAAUAUUGAACCUAAAUCUGCAAAUGUAAAAACUGAAAUUAAAUGUAACAAAAAACAUAAAAAAAAUAAAAGACCUUCUCCUAAAAACGUUCAUGUAAAAAGAUUAUCUAAAACAAAUGAUUCGUUGGAUUUUGUCAAAUUAAUAAAACAGAGACUUUUAGAAAAAGCAAAUGAUGUUGAAGCUAUACAAAAAAAAUAGAGAUUCUCAAAAAUUAAAACUGUAAACUAAUAAAUAUUCGUACGCUUUAUAUUUAUAAACUGCAUUUAUAAUUCUAAUCUAUUCUUUCCUUCCAAUAUUUAUAUGUAUACAACGUGUAACACUUAAUUCAAGCACUUAAAAUAUUUAUUUUAUUUUUGAUAAUACGAAAAAAAAGAAUUUCCAAUGCAGAGAUAUUUUCAGUGCUCAAAUUAGGUAAUAUUUUCUAAUUAUUCAUUUAUCUUCUUUAUUUUAGAUAUUAGUUUAUUCAGACGCAUAAACGUAAAUAAAUAAAUAAAUAAAUGUUAUGGCAUGUUAUUUUAUAUUUUUUUUUAUUUUUAUAAACAUGCUAAAAUACAUUUUGAUGUAUGAAUUUUCCCUAAAAAAUAAUCUUUUAAAUCAAUAUUUAGUUUUCCCUUGAAUCCUUUAAACAAUAUAUAAACUAUAUAGAAAAUAAACAAGUUAUUAGCAAUUUGGUAUAAAAAGCCCUCUUACGCACGACCUUAUGUUUUCCUUAUAUAAUGGAAAAUGUAACGAACAAUUCAUAUCUUCGAAACUACUAUAAGAUAUCCAACAAUUUUUUUUACAUAGAUUUUUAUUUUUCAUAUAAAAAUCUAAACAUAUUUACUUUACCGUCUCUACUAACGACAAUGAAUUUACUUAAAAUUUAUACAAAUACUGAAAUGAAUUGCAACGAAAGAAAUGGUAGACAUUAUUACCAUUAGAUAUGCAACGAAAUUUAGAAAAUAAAAUUUGAAAAAAAAAUAAA